GGUAGGUAUUUUCAAAAUGGCGGCGGCAAGUGGAGGAGUAGAAACAAAAUUGACAACGAAAAACCCAGUAUCYAUCAUAGUUUUAGGGAUGGCAGGGUCUGGAAAGACGACAUUUGUGCAGAGACUAACAGCCCAUCUGCAUAGUGUCAAGAAGCCACCCUAUGUAGUAAAUCUUGACCCUGCCGUCCAUGAAGUUCCAUACCCAGCUAAUAUUGACAUCAGAGAUACUGUCAACUAUAAGGAGGUGAUGAAGCAGUUUGGCCUGGGUCCUAAUGGUGGAAUUAUUACAUCACUAAAUCUGUUUGCUACAAGAUUUGAUCAAGUCAUGAACUUUAUGGAGAAAAAGGGCUCAGAAUAUCAAUAUGCUGUAUUUGACACUCCAGGACAAAUUGAAGUCUUUACUUGGUCAGCUUCAGGAUCAAUUAUYACAGAAGCMCUGGCUUCUUCAUUCCCUACUGUAGUGGUAUACAUCAUGGACACUGCACGAAGUACUAACCCGGUUACCUUUAUGUCUAAUAUGCUGUAUGCUUGCAGUAUUCUCUACAAGUCCAAACUACCUUUCAUUGUGGUGAUGAAUAAGACAGAUAUUGUAGACCAUAGUUUUGCAAUGGAAUGGAUGCAAGACUUUGAAGUUUUCCAGGAAGCKYUGUCCCAGGAUACMACAUACAUGUCAAGUUUGACYAGAUCAAUGAGUCUUGUACUGGACGAGUUCUAUCAAAACCUAAAWGUAGUAGGUGUAUCRUCAAUGACUGGUAGUGGUUUUGGCGAGUUUCUUACUGCUAUUGACCAUGCAGUGCAUGAGUAUGAGACAGAAUACAGACCAGAGUAUGAAAGGCUCAAAGCAGAGAAAACCAAGAAAACUGAAGCAGAACAGUUAGAGCAGCUACAAAAGCUGCAAAAAGAUUUGGGAAAAGGAAAAGAUGUACCAUUAGCUUCACCAUUAUUGACAACAACUCCAAGACCACACGCUGUCUCAAUAGGACCAGAGCUAGACAGUGAUGAUGAUGUUGAUACAAACAUUGAUAACAAUGAUGAAGACCCCACGGAAACUGAAUCAUUCMAACGGUACUUGAAAAACUUAAAAUUAGAAGACACAAAUGAAAAACAAACUGAUGGAUGAUAAUUUCAUAAUUGCUGUUUAUAGAAUUGUAUAGUAUACCACAGCAGUUUGUGUUCCUUUUCUGUAAGAAUUCAUAUGUAGAAAGGCAUUUAAACAKUUCAACAAGGGCAUUCAAACAUUUCAAUGUGAUAUGGUUACUCAAGAGCCUUUAAUAUUUUGCUAGCAAURUAGUGCACCAUAUGAMAAUGAAAUUGGAAAAUCAUUUUAGUAUGUAGAGUGAAUGCUUUUGAUCCRUGAAAUGUAACUAGCUUCUUCAUAAUAUUUUGAGCAAUUCAAAGAAUAAUUGUGAUUCAAACUCCAUUUCAGCUGCAGAUUCAGUGCAAAUUUAUGGUAUUUUGAUUUUGUACAAUUUCAUGGAUUAAAUAUGUUCAGUCUAGUACAUCAUCGUGUAAAAUGACCUAUUACUUUACUGUUGUUUCCUAUACAAACAGUCCAGAAAACGGUCAUAACUUACAAAUACCAAUCAUCAAAAGAACCAGUUGAAACCAAUGGUUUUGAUUGAUGGCAGGCUAUUGCAUAGUGUAGGUUUUUUCUCAGCUGAUUGUAUGACAAUGCAAAUUACGGUACAGUAGCAUGUAUUUAUUUAUAKGCCCAGGGUCCUCCCCAUACAUACUGUUCUAGUUGUAAUAGAUUUUAUUAUAAAACAGUAUUUUAUCUAA